AUGAACAGUGCAAUGUACUCAUUGUGUAAACAUUCAGAUUUAACAAUUGAUAACAAUGCAGUGCACUUGAUCAAUGCAUUGCCACUCCUAUCAAAUGUGAUCAGACGUGGUAUGAUCAAUCAGUUCGUAUCUAAAGUCAAACGAUUGAUCACUUCGAUCAAGUUCGACUCAGUGGCUUGGGUGGCCAAGUCUUCAAAGAAGAUGGAAAGCACUAGUUUAGAAAGCACGAUCCAUUGGCGACAAAUCACAUCGACACCUGGCAUCAAGGUCAGUUUGCUCGAAGUGUCAAUGGCACUUGUAGACAUAUGGGAGGCCAUUGGAGAGUCACCUAGAUCAAGCACAUGUCUAUACUUGUUCACAAGUGAACUAUUCGAUAUCCUCCUUGCCAAUGCAGUUGGUGAUGACGAUCAACGAGGACAGAUAUUCAAUAUGUAUAUCAAGUUGUUGAAGCACAACAAUGACAUGGACUUGUUCAAGAAAGUGACGUCGGUGUUUGGUUUGGAGCGUGUCGAGACUGAGCUCAUUCAAUGGUUCCUCGAACCAAACACAAACAAUGAUCAUGAUUAUGUGAAGCCUUUAUCAUCCAAGUCUAGAUAUUAUUACAUGGCAACACAACAAUAUUUAUGGGACAUACCCAACAAGGCCACAUCAAGAUUGUUGAUCAAUCACAAACGAGAGGUACUUGAGUUCUUGGACCGCUUUGUAGGUGGUAUCAACGAUGGAAGAGAGGAGUUCAAUGAACUAUUCAAAGUGCUCAACGUCAUCCUUGACGACGCACCCAACUACGAUGCCAACCAAAGAUGGUUAAACAAAAAGCUGGAUGAGAUGGCUGGGCGGAAUCAUAUUUGGAGUCAUAUCAACACUGGAUUCAGACUGCUCCAUCCCCAGAUUGGAUCAAUUGAUCAAUGUCUCCGAUUCUUCCACCAAUUUGAUAUACCAAAUAUGUGCACGCUCAUCACUCUUCUGGGUACAUCAUUCAAACAGCACUACUACAAACAUUGCGAGUCAUUGAUAUUGGCGACUCUUGAUAAGGGGUGGAAUGAACUGGUUCUGUUACCUAGUAUCAUUAAAUCCUUGUGCGCAAUGGAUGAGAGGCAUGGCAUCCUGGAGGAGAACGCUGUUGACAGACUCUUGGAUCAAAUGAACAGGAUGCCACUCAAUGCCAACACAUUUGAACGUCUGAAAUCGGAGACCUAUGGUAAUCAAAUUGGCACGAGGGCACAUAGACCACCACCGACACCAGCGACACCAACGAAUCAACUGCCGUUCGUGGCUCCACAAGUUGUACCACAGCCACCCCCAUCAAAGUUUGAGUUAAAGCCAUAUGCAUUCAUCCCGGACACUAAACUGGGCAUGAUGAUCGAUGGAUUGCUUGGCGUGGCAGAUUUGAUGCUGAAGAGUCCCGAGAAGUAUGAUCGAGCCAACGAUAUAAUGGACGCAGCCAUCACAGCAUUGUUGCGAACCAAUCAAUACCGAGCACCAAAUGAGGAUGACAUCAUUAGCAAACACAGACAAUCAAUCGAGCGAUUCGUUGUGGCGCACCGUGACAUCAUUCUCGGGUGGACAAGCCAUUCCUGGUGGCUAUCGCCCGUCACUCAAUGUUGGACGAACAAACCCUAA